AAGAGUCCACAGACUUCAUCCACUGUACAGAUGAGAAAAAGGACCACAGUCACCUUCCAGGCAGUGCGGAUGACAGUUCAGCGGCAACAUGGCAACUUUACUGCAGUCCGAGAACAGAUGAUGCUCUUUGACUAACUAUAGAUGUAGAGAGUCUCCUUCCGCCUCAAGUCUCUCUCUGUGGAUGCCUCAAAAUGUCAAGCAGGGUCCGAGUUUCCGUCACCCAUCCGAGGAUCUUGAACAGGAAAUACCGUUCUUUGGCCCUGCAGGAUACAAGAAAAAAAGGCCCCCAGAUACACAGGCGGAGUGACCAGGCACGCGUGCGGCCUGACGGGAAUCGUAGUCAAGUCUCCGCUUCCAUCAGGCCCCGCCCACGGAAGUACGUUCCCGUCGUGCCCCGCGGGGUAGGCGGGGCGGCCCGGUUGCUAGGACUUGGAGAAGCAUGGCGUUCGCGCGGGCGUCCCUCAGGGAUUGAAUCCUGGACUUUGGACAUACUAGACGGGCACUGUGCUGCAGAUCCACGUCCCCUCCCUUCAGUAGCAGAUUCCAGGCAGGACUCUACUCCUGAGCCCCCUCACUGUAUAAAAGGUGGCCCCUUGUGCUUGGGUGGCAGGUCAGCCAGUACAGAAAUGGCAGGAAAGGAGAAUAACUUUCCGCCCCUGCCACGCUUCGUGCCACUGAAGCCCUGCUUCUACCAGGACUUCUCCGAUGAGAUCCCUGUGGAGCACCAGAUGCUGGUGAAGAGGAUCUACCAGCUGUGGAUGUUUUACUGUGCCACUCUGGGUGUGAACCUGGUGGCCUGCCUGGCCUGAUGGAUUGCAGGUGGAACACAGGCCAACUUCGGCCUGGCUAUGCUCUGGCUGCUUCUCUUCACUCCCUGCAGUUAUGUGUGCUGGUUCCUGCCUUCGUAUAAGGCCUUCCGGGCUGACAGCUCCUUUAACUUCAUGACAUUCUUCUUCAUCUUCGGGGCACAGUUCGUCGUGACGGUCAUCCAGUCCAUCAGUUUCUCAGGCUGGGGAGUAUGUGGCUGGAUGGCAGCUGUUGGAUUCUUUGGGGUCAAUGUUGGGGCUGCUGUGGUCAUGCUGAUCCCAGCCAUCAUGUUUUCCUUGUCUGCUGUCAUGCUGGCCAUCACACUUGUGAAGGUGCAUAGGAUUUACCUUGGGGCUGGGGGAAGCUUCCAGAAGGCACAGACAGAAUGGAACACUGGUACCUGGAAGAAUCCCCCAUCAAGGGAAGUCCAGUUUAACAGCUUCUCUGGGAAUAACCUACCCGAGUACCCCACUGUCCCCAGCUAUCCCAGUGGAGGCCAGUGGCCUUAGGCAUCUGGCUGGCCUCAAUAACAUGGCUCUGUCUCCUGCCACCACCCUUGGUCCUGAAGCCCAUGCUUCUCCCUGAGGUCCUAGGAGGUCCUCGGCCUGUGUUCAUCUCCUGCCUGAGCCCUCAGCAAGCACUGCCCUGUGGGUGGAGUAAGGAAGCUCACAAACACCCGGAUAAAAGAUUAUCAAAUAUUUAUUUGGGGAACACACACAAUGAGGGUAAAGAGCCACCACAGUCUUCUGCCCUGGAGGUGCAAGGUGCUACUCUCAGGGUCUCAGACCAGAGAGAGAGAGACCCCCUCCUCUUCCUUAGAAGGGAUCACGUCUGCACAACAAAGCCAAACUAUUGGCGGAAUGAAUUCCCCCUGCACUGCCAUCCUACCAGAGCCAGGCUAUGUGACUGCCCCACUCCCAGCUUGUUCAAGGAGUGGCCUCAAGCACCAGCUCCUGUCUUUUGCGUUGCUGAGACAAGUGUUGGACCCCAGGGAACUUGUGGAUGAACACAGGAGCCUCAUCAGCUCUACCAUCCAGGCCUCCCCUGUGCUCCUCCGGUGACAGGAUCCUACAGCUUCCUUGUCCUGUCCCUAGUGGCAGUGGCAGUCUGCUGUCCCCACCACCAUCCAGAAAUCUGGCUCCAGGAGGCUCCUCCUCUUUCUGUGGGAGGAGAAAGACAGGCUCAGCUGCAUGGCAGCCCACACCCUGCCACAGAGACUAGCCAGGCCCGGUGGCCCCUGAUCUGCUGGGAGCAGAGCCAGGAACAGAUCUGUGCCUUAGCGAGAACCCUGCUUCCCCUCACCGUUCUGCCUUCCUGGGGCAGCUGUGGCCUCGCCAGGAGAUCCAAACUGAAUCUUGAAAUGUCAUUGUACCCUGAUAACAUUGGACUCUGCAUUCUUCCUGUGACCCACUGAUGCCACUUGCUAAGUCACUGCAGUCUCCAGGCCUCCCCACAAGAUCAUGCCCCUCCUCUGCUGGUGUCCCGCCAAACUGCUUAGGCACUUUACCUCUGUUCUGUGCCCCAGGAUGCCCAGAGGGUCUAGGAUAGAGUUGCAGGCAGGCAACUUGAUCAUCUCAGAUGAUCGUGGGGAUGGAGCCCAGUGCCCCCAAUAGGGGACAUGCCCUCAAGCUCCUACAGCUCCACCCUGCCCACCCGUGGGUAUGUGCACCCACAUGCCAUAGUUGGUUUUGUAAUGUGAGAAUAUUCUGGAAAUAAAUUCUUUUUCUGCAGCA